AUAGUAAUUUUUUAGGAAGAAAAAAGUAUUUAUAUAUUGAGAACUCGAAGACAAAGAAACAGUAGUCAGAAAUUGAUUGGCCGUGAACCAUUGUAACCCCCCAUUAAAGAAAAAAGAAAAACUUUGAGAAGCUCGUAGGUGAAUUGAAUUGUGAAUAGAUCAGUUAUCAUAAUUGAAUUGAGAAAUUGGGUUGUUUGAUCAAAUAAAGAAAACAUGGCAAGUGAUAGGAAAGUUGGCGUAGCUUUGGAUUUUUCCAAGGGAAGCAAGAUCGCUCUCAAAUGGGCUAUUGAGAAUCUUCUCCGCAACGCUGACACUCUCUACAUCAUCCACAUCAAUCCUUCCCAAAGCACCGAAUCCCGUAAUCUUCUAUGGUUAACUACUGGUUCUCCUUUGAUACCGUUGUCGGAGUUUCGUGAGAAGGAGGUGAUGCACCACUAUGAGGUUGACCCUGAUGCUGAGGUUUUGGACCUGCUUGACACUGCUUCUAGACAGAAAGAGUUGACGGUGGUGGCGAAGAUAUAUUGGGGAGAUCCAAGAGAGAAAAUUUGUGAUGCUGUUGGUGAUUUGAAGCUUGAUGCUUUGGUCAUGGGUAGUAGAGGUUUGGGUGCUAUACAGAGGGUAUUGUUGGGGAGUGUGUCUAGUUAUGUGACUUCAAAUGCAAGUUGCCCUGUAACAAUUGUGAAAGAAUCUGCCCUUUCUACCGUCUGAUUGAUAUGCUGUUGUGUUUGGUUGAUCUUUGCAAACGGAUGUUCUCUCUGUUGUUACAUGUGCUUAGUUAUAUGGUCUACUAAAAAGUUUUCUUUUCUUAAGACUCUAUUUUUGGUUUAUAAGUGCUUAUGCUAUAGCCAAAAUAAAAGUGUGCUUAUAAUUCAGCUUUGUGCUGGAUCUGUUGAAUACUUGCCCUCGGACAUGAUGGAGUGGCUUGAAUUGAAAUGUUUUAUAUGUUUGAUUGUUAAUGUCUUCAUGUCAUGUAUAAUCAUCAACCAGUUCCUUUUGAGAUAUUAUGGUUUGUUUGAGUUCA